AUGCACGCAUGCGUGUGCAUCUACGCACACACCUUUGGUGGUGGUGUUCCUAGGCUCUGCGUUUCGUCGCAGCCCUCGCCCUACACCCAGCGGGCAUCGAAUUUUGGGGCACCAGGACGUUGCCGUGGCCUCUCUCGUGUCUGCCGCGGCGCGGCGGCGUCCAGGGCCUCGGGCACGGCGGCGGAGUGUCUCAGCAUGUCUCCGGGCGCUUGGGCGAGGAGACGCCAGCUGAAAUGGGGCUCGGGCGCGGCGCACCUGCUACACAAGCAUGUGGCGGACUCGCAGCACGAUGCUUGCCCAAGGGGACCUCCAAGAGGACCCCGAGAAGCAAACAUAUGUUCUCUCGUUCAGGCAAUUUUUUUUUGUUGGCCAGAUUCGUUCCUGAAGUGA